CCAGGCGAGAAAAACAGGACGGGAUUUGCGUGUGCGCAUGCGCUGUGAAGCAAAAACAAGGAAGUUUCAUUGUAAACACAGUGGAUGGGACAGAGCCGAGGAACAACAUAGCGACGUUAAUAGUGUUUAUUCUACCUCAUGUAAAGCUGGAAGCAACAUGUUGACUUCUGGACUGUCCAAUAACAAGGUCAAGUAUUCCCGACUGGCUGCUGAUGACGAUGGGUACAUCGACCUGCAGUUCAAGAAGAGUCCACCAAAGGUUCCGUACAAGGCGAUCGGAGUGGCCAUAGUCCUGUUCCUGAUCGGCUCCUUGCUGAUCGUCUUCGGGGCCCUUUUUCUGGCUGGGGUCAUCAAGGUGGAGAAUCCAGACCGCACCAUCCCCAUCAUUGUCAUAGGCCUGUUGGUUUUCCUGCCCGGGUUUUACCAUCUGAGGAUCGCCUACUACGCCGCUAAGGGUUACAGGGGUUACUCCUACGAUGACAUCCCGGACUUUGGCGACUGAUCCGAAGGACUGUUUACUCUCUAGUUGAAUGUAGCAAGAGGAUCAAAACCAUGGAGACCUGCGUUCAUCCAGAAGGGCAUCAUGUCAGAGCUUUGCUGAAAUAUUGCAGGAAUUUAGACCUUUGUGAUGUUUUGUCUUUGCUCUGCUCUUUUUUUCUUCUACGCUUUAUUAGCCUCCAUGCAGAAGCACGACUGACCUGAGAGACUUGAUGCUGCUUUAUUAGCAGCAGAGGACCAGCUGUUGACCUCUUAUACAAUUCAACACAUAAAUCAUAACAUGCUUUAUGUACUACUGCUCCAAGGCCAUGGUUUAGAACAGUUGCGCUUGUUGCACUGUAGCUUUAUAUGAUCUUACAUAUGUAUCCUGGUUUAUCUGCUUUACAGGUUCUUCUGAGACUGUAUUUGCAAUACAAUCAAAAGAUGAUAUUUUAUGGUGUUAUUUUUAAAUGCAGUAUGUGAAGUAUUUGCAUUGGUCUGUGUUUAGGAUAUUUAAAAGAGAUGUUUCUUUUUAAUAUGCUGGGGUGAUUUGACAAGAAACCAGGAAUGUUUUGAAGUUUGAAGUUGCUUCACUUUAAAUUGUUGAACUGCAGCAUAAAACAAAUCAUUUUAUAGAUGUAAUGUGGACAAAAUGAACUUUAGUAAAUGUGACUCAGUAAAUGACAAGUUGGGGUGUCAUUUAAAUGUUACAUAUUCUGAACUUCCCUCCUAAGAAGUUCAAAAGCAUUUCCAAAUAAAAUUUGGAGGAGGUUUUGAACCUUUUAUAAUUUGUUUUACAUAUACAGUCGACACUAGAUAUUCCCAUCUACUGCACAUAGGACAGAGCCAUUUUCUAUUACUGUCUGGCAUGAAAUCAGAUGAAACUUUUUAUAUUUUUAGGCUAGAUAGGAAGACCAAAAUUAUUUGAGUUUCUAAAUGCCAGGACAACGAGGGAUUUUGUCUGCAUUUUUCAGAUUUUAUAAAAGAUCUUGAAAGCCAUGCACCAAAGUUAUGCAAAAUCCCAAUAAAAUACUGUUUGGCCUCCAAAAUGGGGUAAAGGACACCCUCUGGUGGUUGCCUCUAAGCUGGAUGUCAUCGGGGGAUUGGAAAUAGAAAACAUAUAAGCUUGAACAAACAAACACUCGCUGGAUUUAAAAUUCAGGAGCUUCCAGAGUUGGGAUGGUCUCUGAUGAUGAUGAUGUGUUGAACAAGGAAGCAGCGGUGGGAGGGUGAGAGGUUCCUGAUAGCGUCACCUGUACGUGAAACGAACACCUGUUGCCCGGUGCGCUUUUAAAGACGCACAAAAAAAAAAAAAGACCGCUCGAAUUACAGCCGGACCCCGACCUUUUUUUUUUUGUUUGUUUAAAGGAACAAGACGCUCUUUCUGUUCAUUUUCAAACCGUCGCUCCAGUUAGACUGAAGAAAACAUGCAGAGGAUUUGUUUUUAAAGGGGAAUUUACCAGUGAGCCACAGGUAAGGUUAAAAACACGAUCAGGAUUGUUUAAAAGGCAGAUAAAUUCAUGUUAAGAGCUCAUACUGAGCUGUUUGUGGCAUUUAGGCUGUUUUAAUCAAACUAAUAAACUCCCUCAGACGGGGUUAUUUCAUUAUAAUGUUAUAAAAGUCCGUUUUAUAUUGAUGUCAUGGGUUUAAAUUCUCAGAACCAAAUAAAGCCUCCAAAUCCAG